GCACGGAACAGAAUCCGAUAGCUUGUAUUCUUGCGCUAGUACGCUAGACGAUUGAACAUUUAAAUUCGGUAACAGUCCUAAUACCGUAUGGUAUUAUAUCUUCUCUAUUGAAAAAGAUAUCUCGCCUGCAUAUAGAUUAUUUUUUUUUUCUAUCAAAUAUAUAUACAAUUCCUUGUUUAAAUCGUAAUAAAGUGAGUGUAAGUAAAAACUUCCGCUUUUGGGGAACUAUUUCUGGUUAGGGGGCGGCCUUUAGCGGCCAUGAUGGGUGUCAGCGGCGAGUAGUGACGGCAUUCGCUUUGCGUCAGUUGGUUUUCUGCGCUCUGAUGGUUAAUCUAAGGUUUUUCGAGAAUAAAAAGCGCACGAUAAAAGCCGGGAACGAUUGUAAAUAGACAAAAAAAAAACGUUUGAUCGGCCGUCGGAUAAUCCUAACGUGAUAUAUUCGCGGCGAUAUUAAUAAAAAAUAAGGGGAAAAAAAAUAAAAGAGAAAAAAAGAAAGAAAUAAUAAAGAAAAAAGAAAAAGGAAAGAAGGAAGGAAGGAAAGUAAGAAAGAAAGACAGAAAGAAAAAUUAACUUUCCAGGUAAAAAUUUGUUGAGAAGUAAUUAUAAAAAAUGACGCAGCUACUACCCAUAAGGUUUCAGGAACAUCUUCAGCUUACUGCUGUUGGAAUUAAUGCGAGCAAUGCCAGCUUCAACACGCUCACCAUGGAAUCGGAUAAAUUUAUUUGUGUUAGAGAAAAAGUGGGUGAUACUUCCCAGGUAGUCAUUAUCGAUAUGAAUGAUUCUACGAAUCCUACUAGAAGACCUAUUUCGGCUGAUUCUGUUAUCAUGAAUCCUGCAAGUAAAGUUAUUGCACUCAAAGCUGUGAAAACAUUUCAAAUAUUUAAUAUUGAAAUGAAAUCAAAGAUGAAAGCCCAUACUAUGACAGAAGAUGUAGUUUUUUGGAAGUGGAUAUCUAUAAAUACAUUAGCAUUAAUAACUGAGAGUGCAGUUUAUCAUUGGUCGAUGGAAGGAGAUUCAACACCCACUAAGAUGUUUGAUCGUCAUUCAUCUUUAAAUGGAUGUCAAAUAAUUAAUUAUAGAACAGAUCCAAAACAGACAUGGUUAUUAUUAAUUGGUAUUUCUGCCCAACAUAACAGAGUAGUAGGUGCAAUGCAACUUUACUCUGUAGAUAGAAAAUGUUCUCAACCUAUUGAGGGACAUGCGGCUGCUUUUGCUCAAUUUAAGAUGGAAGGAAAUCCAGAACCUAGUAACUUAUUUUGUUUUGCCGUUAGAACAGUUCAAGGUGCAAAACUACAUAUUAUAGAAGUAGGGCAACCUCCCUCUGGAAAUCAGCCAUUUCCCAAAAAGGCCGUAGAUGUAUUUUUUCCACCAGAAGCGGGAAAUGAUUUUCCUGUUGCCAUGCAAGUUAGCUCUAAAUAUGAUGUCAUAUAUUUAAUCACAAAAUAUGGCUAUAUACAUAUGUAUGAUAUUGAAUCAGCAAUCUGUAUAUUUAUGAAUCGAAUUUCGGGAGAAACAAUUUUUGUUACUGCGCCUCAUGAAGCUUCUGGUGGUAUAAUCGGUGUAAAUCGAAAGGGUCAAGUUUUAUCUGUAUCCGUGGACGAAGAGAAUAUCAUUCCAUAUAUCAAUGGAGUCUUACAAAAUCCUGAAUUGGCUUUGAGGAUGGCAGUAAGGAAUAAUUUGUCUGGAGCCGAAGAUUUAUUUGUAAGGAAAUUUAAUAUGCUAUUUCAAAAUGGGCAAUACGCGGAAGCUGCUAAAGUUGCCGCUAAUGCUCCAAAGGGAAUUUUAAGAACUCCAGCCACAAUUCAACGAUUUCAGCAGGUUCCUGCUACACAGGGUCAAACUUCUCCACUGCUUCAAUAUUUUGGAAUUCUGCUUGAUCAAGGACAAUUGAACAAAUAUGAAUCAUUAGAAUUAUGUAGACCUGUAUUGGUACAAGGUCGUAAACAACUUCUUGAAAAAUGGUUAAAGGAAGAUAAACUUGAAUGCAGCGAAGAAUUGGGAGAUUUAGUGAAACAAGCUGAUCCCACUCUUGCUUUAAGUGUUUACUUAAGGGCUAAUGUACCCAACAAAGUUAUACAGUGUUUCGCUGAGACUGGUCAAUUUCAAAAGAUCGUUCUAUACGCUAAAAAGGUUUCUUAUACUCCAGAUUAUAUAUUUCUUUUAAGAAAUCUUAUGAGAAUUAAUCCUGACCAAGGCGUAGCAUUUGCACAAAUGUUGGUUCAAGAUGCAGAGCCCUUAGCUGAUAUUAAUCAAAUUGUAGAUAUAUUUAUGGAGCAAAAUAUGGUUCAGCAAUGUACAGCAUUUUUAUUAGAUGCACUUAAAAAUAAUCGACCAAGCGAAGGAGCUUUACAAACACGCCUCCUGGAAAUGAAUCUAAUGUCUGCUCCGCAAGUAGCCGAUGCAAUUUUAGGCAAUCAAAUGUUUACUCACUAUGAUAGAGCGCAUGUUGCACAAUUAUGUGAAAAAGCUGGUCUAUUACAACGUGCUUUGGAACAUUACACGGAUUUAUAUGACAUCAAGAGAGCGGUUGUUCAUACACAUUUAUUAUCACCCGAUUGGCUUGUAGGAUUCUUUGGUACAUUGUCCGUAGAAGAUUCUCUUGAAUGCUUAAAAGCUAUGUUAACGGCGAACAUAAGACAAAAUUUGCAAAUUUGCAUUCAAAUUGCAACGAAAUAUCAUGAACAAUUGACGACUAAAGCACUAAUAGACUUGUUCGAGAGUUUCAAAUCUUACGAAGGCUUGUUUUACUUCUUGGGAUCAAUUGUGAAUUUCAGUCAAGAUCAAGAAGUACAUUUCAAAUACAUACAGGCAGCAUGCAAGACAAAUCAAAUUAAAGAAGUUGAACGUAUAUGUAGGGAAAGUAAUUGUUAUAGUCCUGAACGUGUUAAAAACUUUUUGAAAGAAGCUAAGUUACCAGAUCAGUUACCCUUAAUCAUCGUGUGCGAUCGAUUUGACUUUGUGCAUGACCUAGUCUUAUAUCUAUAUCGGAACAAUUUACAAAAAUACAUAGAAAUAUAUGUUCAAAAAGUAAAUCCAUCACGUUUACCUGUUGUAGUAGGUGGUUUGUUAGACGUUGAUUGUUCAGAAGAUAUUAUUAAAAAUUUAAUUCUUGUCGUACGAGGACAAUUUUCUACCGAUGAACUCGUAGAAGAAGUUGAAAAACGAAAUCGACUGAAAUUAUUAUUACCGUGGUUAGAAUCUCGUGUUCAUGAAGGAUGUGUAGAACCUGCUACUCAUAAUGCAUUGGCAAAGAUUUAUAUUGACAGUAACAAUAAUCCUGAGAGAUUCCUCAAAGAAAAUCAGUUCUACGACAGCAGAGUAGUUGGGAAAUAUUGUGAAAAACGUGAUCCACAUUUAGCUUGUAUCGCUUAUGAACGCGGUCAAUGUGAUAGAGAAUUAAUAAGCGUUUGUAAUGAAAAUAGUCUUUUCAAAAGUGAAGCAAGAUAUUUAGUAAGACGUAGAGAUCCUGAUCUUUGGGCUGAAGUUUUAUUAGAGGGUAAUCCAUAUAAGAGACCAUUGAUCGAUCAGAUCGUUCAAACAGCAUUAUCAGAGACCCAAGAUCCUGAAGAUAUAUCAGUAACUGUAAAAGCAUUCAUGACGGCUGAUUUGCCAAAUGAGUUAAUAGAACUUCUCGAAAAAAUAGUACUCGAUAGCAGUGUAUUUAGUGAUCAUCGUAAUUUACAGAAUCUCUUGAUUUUGACAGCAAUAAAGGCUGAUCGCACACGCGUUAUGGAAUAUAUCAAUCGUUUAGAUAAUUAUGAUGCGCCUGACAUUGCCAAUAUCGCUAUUAAUAAUGAACUUUACGAAGAAGCAUUUGCGAUCUUCAAGAAAUUUGAUGUUAAUACAUCGGCUAUACAAGUUCUUAUUGAACAAGUAAACAAUCUCGAUAGGGCAUAUGAAUUUGCCGAGAGAUGUAACGAACCAGCUGUAUGGUCGCAAUUAGCUAGAGCACAAUUACAACAGGGUUUAGUCAAAGAGGCUAUUGAUAGUUUCAUUAAAGCUGACGAUCCAUCGGCAUACGUCGAUGUAGUAGAAACUGCUCAUCGUACUUCCCAUUGGGAAGAUUUGGUUCGCUAUUUACAAAUGGCACGUAAAAAAGCACGCGAAUCAUUCAUAGAAAGUGAAUUGAUUUAUGCAUACGCUCGUACCAACAGACUUGCCGAUUUGGAAGAAUUUAUUUCUGGGCCUAAUCAUGCCGAUAUACAAAAGAUUGGUGAUCGAUGCUUCGAAGAUAAAAUGUAUGAAGCGGCAAAACUUUUGUAUAACAAUGUAUCAAAUUUUGCUCGAUUAGCUAUAACAUUAGUUCAUUUGAAAGAAUUUCAAGGAGCCGUGGAUAGUGCUCGUAAGGCUAACUCCACGCGUACUUGGAAAGAAGUUUGUUUUGCUUGCGUAGACAGUGGAGAAUUUAGAUUAGCACAAAUGUGCGGUUUACACAUUGUUGUACAUGCCGAUGAGCUGGAAGAUUUGAUCAAUUAUUAUCAAGACAGGGGACAUUUUGAAGAAUUGAUUAAUCUUUUGGAAGCUGCCUUAGGAUUAGAAAGAGCACACAUGGGAAUGUUUACGGAAUUAGCUAUAUUGUAUAGUAAAUACAAACCUCAAAGAAUGAGAGAACAUCUUGAACUAUUUUGGUCGCGUGUUAAUAUACCAAAGGUUCUUCGUGCAGCCGAACAAGCACAUUUAUGGGCAGAGCUUGUAUUUUUAUAUGAUAAAUAUGAAGAAUAUGAUAAUGCGGUGUUAGCAAUGAUGCAGCAUCCUACUGAAGCUUGGCGCGAGGGACACUUCAAAGAUGUAAUUACUAAAGUGGCAAAUGUUGAACUAUAUUAUAAAGCUAUACAAUUUUAUGUUGAGUAUAAACCACUGCUGCUAAAUGAUAUACUGCUUGUACUCGCACCACGAAUGGAUCACACAAGAGCAGUUGCAUAUUUCACAAGGACUGGACAUUUGCAAUUAGUGAAACCUUAUUUGAGAUCGGUUCAAGCACUUAAUAAUAAAGCAAUUAACGAGGCUUUAAAUGGCUUGCUCAUAGACGAAGAAGAUUAUCAGGGCCUGAGAACGUCGAUAGACGCGUUUGAUAAUUUUGAUAAUAUUGCGUUAGCACAACAAUUGGAAAAGCAUGAAUUAAUUGAGUUCAGAAGAAUUGCUGCAUAUUUAUACAAAGGAAAUAAUCGAUGGAAGCAAUCCGUAGAGCUUUGUAAAAAAGAUAGAUUAUUCAGGGAUGCUAUGGAGUACGCUGCAGAAUCUCGAGAUGCAGAAGUUGCUGAGGCAUUAUUAGAAUGGUUUUUGGAAAGAGGUUCAAAAGACUGUUUCGCAGCAUGUUUAUUCCAUUGUUACGAUUUGCUUCAUCCAGAUGUUAUCUUAGAAUUAGCGUGGAGACAUCGUAUAUUAUCUUUUGCUAUGCCAUAUCUUAUUCAAGUAGCACGUGAAUAUAUUACUAAGGUAAAGGUCGAUAAGUUAGAAGAGGCAGAAAGUCGUCGAAUUGAAGAAACUGAUCAUCAGGAACAUAAACCUAUGAUCAUGCCGGAGCCCCAAUUGAUGCUAACUGCAGGACCUGGUAUGAUGGCACCUGGUUAUGCACCUCAAAAUGUAUACGCUACACCUCCACAAAGUGUGUACGCACCUCCUGCAGCCGCUUAUCAAGGGUAUGGUAUUUGAAAUACACUAUGUAAUGCAUCAAACAAAGCAGGUCAACAAAGUCUACUUUUCUAUAAAAUUUAGGAAAAACAAGAUUAUUUUAUUAGAUUUUAGUCAUAAUUAAUUGCUGAAGAGAAGAAAAGAAAAAAAAAAAAAAAUAAAAAAAAAAGAAAAAAAAGAAAAAGAAAAAUAUGAAAAAAAAAAAAAAAAAAAAAAAAAAGUGUUAGAAGAAAAAUACUGUUGUAUUGAAAUCUCAUUGUAACACAAUGAAAAUAAUAAGCGCGAGCGCAAGAUUAUUUUCAAGCAUUCUACUGUUUAUAUUAAAUCUUGUAAACAUUUCUUAAAUUGUUAAAUGUAUUACUAACCGGAUUAAAAAGUUUCAUUUUUAAAUAAGAAGCACCCCAUAUUGCAAAUUAAGUAUUAAUUAAUAUAAAUAUUUUAA